AAGGGCCGUGAGACUAACUCCCAAGAAUAACAAGCUAUUCUAUUCUAGGAAACAGCUGAAAGCUCCAGAGGCCCCUGAAGAUCAAACUGCCCUGUGGAUGCCUACUCGUGGCAGGGACAUGGCCAGCUUCCAUCAGAAGGGAAGACAGGAUUCCCUUUGGGAAGUAACUUCUGCACCUGUUGACAUUCUGAAGGGAUUUUUCAGCUGAAGAACGGCUUGGACCAGCUUUCUGCGCUACCAACCACAGGGAAGCAUCACAUUUCAGUAAUCUUCCUGUCAUUUAUCAGUUGGAAGAAGAGCCUGGGGACUCCCUGUGGAGGAAUAUAAAAAAAAAAAUCUGUGAAGUUUGAACAAGCGGCCUCCUCAAGAUGUACCCAGUCUCUCCACUGAUGUCGACACCAGUAGCAAAUUCCUCCAGGUCAGACAGAGGACCUUCUGGAAAGCUGUCUCCCACACAUCUUUUCCCAAGCUUUACUUGUGACUUCCUGAAUGGAGACAGUUCUUUUGAAUGCUGCUCCAUAGACCCCCUGACGGGCUCCCACUAUAUCUGCCGCAGAAGCCCCCGACUCCUCACCAAUGGCUACUACAUUUGGACUGAGGACAGUUUCCUCUGUGACCCAGAUGGCCGUAUCACUUUGAACCCGUCCCAUACCAGUGUGAUGUACAAGGAGAACUUAGUUAGAAUAUUUCGAAAGAAAAAGAGAACCAACCGUUCUCUAUCUUGUCUCUUGGAUCCCCGAGCCUCUAGGUCUUGGCUGCAUGGGAGUAUCUUUGGAGAUGUUGACUCACUCCCAAGUGAGGAUCUCUGGAUGGAGGGAAUCAGGAGCCUUGGAAGUGAUCUAGACUGUUCUUCUCUGAGUGAUGGAUGGGAGUCUCAGAAGCCAAUCACAGACACAUCAGAAUCCUCCUCUUCUGGCUACAUCCUUCCUCAGCCUCUCAGAGAAAGCUCCCAGGGUUCUUCUCUUCAGCUUCAGAUGAAAGCAUCAGGACACUUCAAAAAGAACAGUUUGGUGCAUUCAAGAGCUGGUUUGAUGCUUAAGGUCUCCUUUCAGGCAAUCCUUCUAGCGGUGUGUUUAAUCAUUUCUGCAUGUGCAAGAUGGCUCGUGGGAGGAGGAUUAGCCAGCAUCUUUACAUGUGCAUUGCUGAUCACAAUAGCUUAUGUUGUGAAAUCACUGUUUCUCAACCUUGCCAGCUAUUUCAAAACCACCACCUGUGCUAGAUUUGACAGUACUUGAAAAAUACAUGUGAUGAAUGUCUUCAAUCUGGGAAGAAUAUCUGGGAACAGUAAUUUGGAGUCUUCUUGGAAUCAACCAUUUUAUUGGAAGGGAAUGAGCAAAUGGAUAACAGAAAAUUAAUUUGACAAUGUUAUUUUUUAUAAAAAUCUUAAUUUCCAUAUGUAAUUGGUUUAUGAUAAUAAUAUUAAUUUUCCUUUCUUUCAAAAAUAUUGUCAGUUGUAAGAGAAGAGACAGGAAGAAGUAAGAGAAGACAGACCAUCUGGAGUAAUGUUCCUUUGUUGUCCCUAAUACAGUGGAUCUCAAAUAUUUAUUUUGAUUAGAGAAUUCUGUGAAAGGCUUGGACCAUGAAUAUCUUAUGUCUGCCAUCAUGCAGCUAUGCCUUGAUAACCUACUUUAACUAAAUGGUGCAAACAAGCUUAUAUUAUUCAUAAAAGCCACAUAGGAAAUAGACACAGUUUGUACAUACAAUACAAAAAAUGUAUGCUUUUGAAGAUAUACAUUAAUUUUAGACGGUAGAAUUUGGUGUUAUGGUUUGUUUCCAGAUGUCCAUGUGUUGAAACUUUGAUUGUCAGUGUGACAAUGUAAAGAGGUGGUAGGACUUUUAAGAAACAGAGCCAGUGGUGUGGGAUAUCAUGUAUCUGAGGGAACUUCACUCAGGAUGCAUACAUGGUCAGUCCCUCAGUCUGUCUCUGGCUUUCUGUCCACCUUUAUGAUCACUUCCUCCCAUGUCCAUCAUGCAAUGUGGUGCUAUCCACCUUGAAACUAUCACUAAAAUGAAGCGUAUGUUGGCACUAUGCAUCUGAACCUGCAGAACUGUGAGCCAAGGGAAUCCCUUUUCAUCACUCAGUAUUCUGCCUUGAGUAUUUUAUUAUAGUAUUGGGAAAUAGACUAAGAGAGAGAGCGAUCAUUGAGAGCUAUUCCUUAGAUUACACAUUCUUCUCUUGAAUGAUUUUUCACUCUACGUCCCCCGCCCCCCGGGGGAAUAAUGAUCAUCUUUCAUUCAUAUUUUGAUGAAAAUAUGAUAUAUAAAAAUUAUUUAAGUGUAAAAUAAAGGAAAAUAGUGUUUUACAGCACACAAAAAUGGUAAAGCUGUACAAUGGACUGAAAAGAUGUAGAAGACAUUCAGUGUUCCUACCUCUCACCAGGAACUCUCAGAUAUAGGCUGCUGAGGAUGCUCCAUGGUGAGAAAUGCCUGUGUAUAGCAAAUACACACUUCUUAGUUGAUACCAAAUUAAUCCCUUUUAUAUCUAUGAUGGUUAAUAUUCACUGUCAUCUUGACUAUAUUUAGCAUCAGCCAUGAGACUCAACUUCAGGUAUGUUUACAUAGUUGUUUCUACAGAAGUUGAAGAGAGGUCAGGAGAUGGCCAUAUUAAUGAGGUUUUAAGAUAAUGUAAUCAUUGCUGCUUUGGGCAAUUAUGUUUCCAUGGUUUCCUUUC